AUGUCGACAGCAGCCGUCAUAGCCCCAGUCCCGGAGGAAGAAGUCCUAGAGACAAUGAACGAGAAAACUACUCUCGACGAUGCUCCAGCUGCUUCAAAAUCAUCAUCAGCCGCGCAGGUUACCUAUACAACCGCAGAAUCCGAGCCAACAAAUACCAAAACCACCCCCUACGGCGCUCCAGCUGCAUCUGCCACCAUCCCUUCUCCACCAGAUCUUACCCUGGAACAAACAGCUUUAUACGCUGAACUUCUGAAGCAAUGCAACACCAUCACCACUGUUGCCGUCUCCACGGCCAAAGACGCCGAGAAAGUUCCACUCACGGACAUCGAUCGCAUCUUCAUGACCAAAGAAUGCCUCCUUCGUUACCUUCGUGCCACAAAAUGGGUUGUAGCAGAUGCUAAGAAGCGUAUCGAAGCUACUUUGACUUGGAGACGUGAGUGGGGUCUCGAAUCUCAUACCCCGGAGUACAUUGAGAUCGAGAAUGAGACUGGUAAACAAAUUGUCUUCGGAUUCGACAACGAAUCCAGACCCUGCUUGUACCUCAACCCUUGCAAGCAGAAUACCGAGAAGAGUGACCGUCAGAUUCAGCACCUGACAUUUAUGUUGGAAAGAGUAUUGGAGAUUGCACCACCAGGUGUUGAAACACUAGCAUUGCUCAUUGACUUCAAGAGUGCUAGCGCUGGUCAGAAUGCUACACCGGGACAAGGGAAACAAGUUAUGAGUAUUCUUCAGAAUCACUACCCGGAAAGAUUAGGAAGGGCAUUGGUUGUCAACAUUCCCUGGUGGGCCAAGGCUUUCCUUAACCUCAUCUGGCCAUUCAUCGACCCCAUCACUCGUCCGAAACUCAAGUUCAACGAAGACAUGUCGCUUCAUGUGCCUAAGUCUCAUUUGUUGAAAGAUUUCAAGGGUGAGAUCGACUUUACAUAUAACCAUGCCGCAUACUGGCCAAACUUCAUCAAGCUCUGCCAGGAGAAGAGGACGCAAUAUGAAGAGAGAUGGAAGGCCAAUGGAAGCCAGAUCGGGGAGAGUGAAUUUUACUUGAAGGGCGGAGAGAAGUCGAAGCCACUUGCCACAGAAACCGCUGCUGCCCCCGGGCCUUCGGUGGAGAAAGUUACUAAGGAGAUAGAAAAAGUGACUAUUUAA